AUGGACGAUCCAAAUAGGAUGAUGGCGCACAGCGGCGGAUUGAUGGGACCCCAAGGAUAUGGCUUGGCUGGUGAAAGUGCCCCAGCAGCAGGAGAGGGUGAGGCUCGUAAACAAGACAUUGGAGAAAUUUUACAGCAAAUUAUGAAUAUAACAGACCAGAGUCUCGACGAAGCGCAAGCAAGAAAGCACACACUGAACUGCCAUAGAAUGAAGCCAGCUUUGUUUUCUGUGCUAUGUGAAAUAAAAGAAAAAACAGUGCUUUCACUUCGCAACACACAAGAGGAGGAACCACCAGAUCCUCAGCUCAUGCGUCUGGACAACAUGCUUAUUGCUGAGGGUGUUGCGGGCCCUGAGAAAGGCGGCGGUGCCGGAGCUGCUGCAUCAGCAUCAGCCGCUGCUGGAGAAUGGGAUAACGCGAUCGAGCACUCGGACUAUCGCGCGAAGCUCGCCCAGAUCCGCCAGAUAUACCACCAGGAGCUGGACAAGUACGAGAACGCGUGCAACGAGUUCACGACCCACGUCAUGAACCUAUUGAGGGAGCAAAGUCGCACAAGGCCCAUCACGCCCAAGGAAAUUGAGCGUAUGGUGCAGAUUAUCCACAAGAAGUUCAGCUCCAUCCAGAUGCAACUCAAGCAGUCCACUUGUGAAGCCGUAAUGAUCUUGCGCUCACGUUUUCUGGAUGCGCGUCGCAAGCGGCGUAAUUUCAGCAAACAGGCGUCUGAGAUACUCAAUGAGUAUUUCUACUCACACCUCUCCAAUCCGUACCCCAGCGAAGAGGCCAAAGAGGAGCUUGCACGCAAGUGUGGCAUCACUGUCUCACAGGUAUCCAAUUGGUUUGGAAAUAAGAGAAUUCGUUACAAGAAGAACAUUGGCAAGGCUCAGGAGGAAGCAAAUCUCUAUGCGGCCAAGAAAGCAGCCGCGGGUGCGUCCCCGUACUCAAUGGGGGCGGCGUCAGGCACGGCGACCCCCAUGAUGUCCCCGGCGCCCACGCAGGACUCCAUGGGCUACUCAUUACCAGCGCCAGGCUACGACGCCCCGCAGCCCGGCUACGACGCCGCUAUGGGCUACGACCCUAUGCACCAGGAUCUAUCGCCUUAG